CGUCGAAUUUGUGCACUUUGGCCUUGAGUUGUUGCUGUUUGACAGCUGCCAGCCAUAUGGAAGGCGCGCGAAUAUGGUCGUACCUUCCCGCAGCGUUGGCGCAAAACCGAAUCUGCGUCAUCCCGCCAAAUUUACUCCAGAUGUUCAAAUAUCAGUGACCCUGGCACAACCCAACACUCUAUACCACUCAGUCGAAUCUUAUCACACCAUACACAAUGAACGACCCCAAUCUGAACACGCUCCUCAAGUGGGGUGUCGAAAACUCUAAUGUCUCGGAAGCUGCAGAGGCGCCUAAAACGCAAUUGACCCCAGAAGCUCUCGCAGCUUUGUUUGGCGGUAAUCAGAAGUCGGACGCGCAGAUGAUGAAGGACAACAUGGAGGUUAUCAAGAGGGAGGACUGCGACAUGGAGGACCGAAUUACCGCAUUCGACAACUUCGAGCAGCUCAUUGAGAACCUCGACAACGCAAACAACCUCGAAUCACUCGGCCUCUGGAUCCCUCUGAUCGAGCAAUUGGAGAACAAGGAAGCUGAGCUGAGGAGGUUUGCAGCAUGGUGCAUUGGUACCGCAGUGCAAAACAACAUCAAGACCCAGGAAAAGCUCCUGGUGCUCGGCGCCAUCCCAACCCUAGUACGCAUGGCGACAGGGAACGACGAGACGAAGGUCAAGAAGAAGGCCAUUACAGCGCUCUCGUCCUCAGUUAGGAACUUCCAGCCCGCGCUUGACGACGCCGUGUUGCACGUACCUGCGGACUUCAAGCCUUCAGGCAAGCUCGAUGCAAACGAUAUGGACUCGGUGGACAUUUUGAUCAACAAGCUCCGCGAGGCUUUGUGA